AUGGCUCUUCUGGGAAACCCAGCAGUCGCUCCAGGCUCCACUGUCCUUGUAACGGGGGCUAAUGGUUUCGUUGGCGCCCACGUUGCAGACCAGCUGCUCCACCAAGGCUACAAGGUGCGAGGCGCCGUCCGAGAUGCUAUCAAGCACCAAUGGCUGGCACAGCUCUUCUCUCAAAAGUACGGCGCUGGAAAAUUUGAACUUGUCGCCGUCAAGGACAUGAGAGAGCCGGGCGCGUUUGACGAUGCAGUCUUAGGCGUUUCUGCAAUUGCUCAUGUUGCUUCUGUGAGGAGUAUGGAUGUCACACCGGACGAAUUGCUCCGUACCACCGUUGCGGGAACCCUGGCUUGUUUACAGGCUGCUGCCAAGGAGCCAAGCGUACAGCGAUUCGUCCUAACAUCCUCUUCCGCUGCGGUCCGCUCCAUCCAAGGUUAUCGUGGAACGGACACAGUGUCAUCCGAUGAAUAUGACAACCAUACUCUUAGUGUAGCCAGAAACAUGCCUGAGGAUUUUCUGCCCAUGCAAAAAUUUAUGACAGCUUACUUUGCAUCCAAAGUUGCGGCCGAACAAGCUUUCUGGAACUGGAUCAAGAACAACAAGCCGCAUUUUACUGCAAACACAGUGCUACCGUGCACAAUUUACGGCAGUCCGCUCAACGUGGUUUACCAGGGCUUUCCGUCCACAUCGAAAAUCCCGCUUCAGAUUUUAGACGGCGAUACUGACUCCAUUAAGCAUGUGCAGCGUUUCUACUAUGUGCACGUCCAGGAUGUCGCUCGUCUUCACGUUGCCGGCCUGAUCCACCCAGACACGGCCAACGAGCGUAUUUUUGCAUAUGCGUCUCCAUACUCCAUCAAUGAGUUCUUUGACAUCUUUGCGAAAUUCGUCAGGGACUACCAGUCUCCAGGGAAGCUCCCGGGGCUCGACUUCCCACUCGCCGUGAUCGGUCCGCGGCAGAGGGCGGAAGCGCUGCUGAAGGAUCUUGGCCGUCUUGGAUUUAUGGGGUUGGAGGAGACAAUAGUCGAUAGUGUGCAGACUCGCAUCAAAGCAAGUGGGUAG